AUGGCGAGAUCUUUGGGUUUGAUCGCAGCCCUGGUGGCAAUGCUUAUGGUAGUUGAAUUUGCGAGCAUUGCGGAUGCAAAGUACAAGAGCUACCUGAGGGUGUAUGAGGAGGCAGGGUGCCGCCAUCGCUCCGAGUUGUACAACAGCUGCGGCUGCCACAACCUCAAGUACAGUGGCGGAUUCAAGUAUGAUUACAACGAGAAGCAUGACAAGGACUCAAAGAUGACAGUGUACAAGCAUCCCAACUGCCAUGGAGUUGGGUUUGUGUUGCCACAUGAGGACAAGAAUCACUGCAGGCCGUUCCCCUUCAAGAGCGUCCACAUCAAGUGUUGA